CAAUUGUGAAUGUUGCCGCUGCGGUUCAGUCCUUCUUUUCUUCCUUUCUACUAUCUAUAACUUCACCUCGUCAUUCAAGAACGUUCCAGAAACAACUCAGAACCUCCUAGUGGCCACCGAUGCCUCCCCAGUACACCCUGAACACUGAGGAGAAGGAUAGGGUCAAGGCAGCCAUUCCGACGCCUCCAAACAAGAUCUUUUAUGCCUGUCUGGCCCGUAUCUACUAUGCUUAUCCAGACCCAGAGAAAUGGUCGUAUGCUGGCCUUCAGGGGGCGCUGGCGUUCGUAAAGGACGCACAGGGCAUCCUGCACUUCAAAAUGGUCGAUUUGGAGGGAACGAGGGGUGUCAUUUGGGAACACGAGCUGUAUUCCGGCCUGGAAUACAACCCAGACCGAGCUUUCUUUCAUUCAUUUGCAGGAGACCAAUGUCUAAUUGGCUUCGUGUUCGCCAACGAAGUUGAGGCUAAAGCUUUGUGGAAGAAAGUCAACACGAAGAAGGAUGCAAAGCACAGUGCAAAGCCUCAGAAGCAGAAGAAAUCCAAGGUCGCAAAGGGUGGCAAGAUCGACAAGUCAAUGAUUUCAGGACCCAAGGCAGGCUCGUUCAUCCACGUAGCACACAUGGGCUACGACGCCGACUCCGGUUUCAAAUCUCACGGCGUCGAUGCAUCGUGGAGCCAACUCCUCAAUGACCUCGAAGGCAAGGGCAUCGGGAAAGAAGUCAUCGACCGUGAGCUCGAGUUCAUCAAAGACUUCGUUCGCAAAGAGCAGCAGCAGCAGGUCAGACCGGCCAAGUCUUCGAAACCUCCUCCACCACCCGCAGCGCGAAGGUCGAAACCACCUCCACCUCCAGCACCUCGGCGAUCUGUCCAUGUCCCCAAGGACAGUGUGUCUUCAGUGUCAUCUGCAGGGGACCAUACACCAAUCGCAAAUGGCAGGCCCCCAGCCCCUCCUUCGCGUCCCCAAACUCUCGAGCCACCUCAGCCACCUCGUCCUCCUGCGAGACCUUCGUCUGCAUCGAAGCCUCCAGCACCACCCCGCCCGGUUUCUUCCGUCGCGUCUGCACCACCACCGGCUCCCCCUCGCAGACCCGCCGUGUCGUCACCCAAUCCGCCGCCACCGCCCAGUCGCCCGCAACCAAACGGCGCUGCAGCAACUCCUCCGCCUCCGCCAAGACGACCGGCGCUCUCGAAUCCUGCACCUCCGCCUCGACCACCCGUGCCGACGCGUGCAGUUGCCGAGGAGGAUACGACGUCUGUUUCUACUCCUCCUCCACCUCCACCACCUCCACCGCCCCCGCCAGGACCACCAGCUGCCACAGGAGGUGCCCCACCUCCGCCUCCUCCACCGCCACCUCCGGGAGGUGCUGCUCCACCGCCGCCUCCACCUCCCCCGCCUCCUCCAGGCGGUGCCGUUCCUCCACCUCCCCCACCGCCACCGCCGGCAGGGGGAUCAGGCGCUCCCUCUGCCCUCGCUUCUAUGCCUCCGCCUCAGCCAGGCCGCGGCAACCUCCUCGCCGACAUCCAGGGCAAAGGCAUCCACGUCCUUCGCAAGACGGAGAAAAGCGAGGCUCCCGCUGGAGGAAGCAGCUCUUCUGGUGCAGGCACGGCUGCUGCUGCUGCGGUCGGCGGUGCUGCUGCUGGUGCCGCGGCUGGUGCUGCCCUGGGAGGAGGAGGAGACCUGGCAGGCGCCCUGGCUGCUGCACUCAUGGAGCGCAAUAAGCGCCUUGGAGAUAGUGAUGACGAUGAAGACGACGAUGAUGAUGACUGGGAUUAG